GGACGAUUCGAACAAGCAGUCGGAGAAAAAGAAGCUGAUUGAGCUUCAUGGAGGGCUGAAAGGCAUAAUUUGAGUUUCUCAGAACCGACAGGGGGCGCUAGAGGCGACUUUCCCUGUUCAUUCUGGCCAUAGAGAAACGGAGCUCAGACCCGGAGCUCCUAAUAUGGGCAUAACGAGGACUACAGAAUGACGACACGACUACAGUGACCUGUAAGGGUCAUGUAGUCCUACGACUACAAGCGUCGCCAUGGUGACCCGUUCGCUUGGCUGUGACGUCAUAGGCGAUGACGGCACAGUGACGUGUCCCGGCUAUAAAAGUGAACACUGAGUGAAAUUUCUUCAUUCGUGUUUGAGCUGAUCUGAGAUACAGACGGGGAAAUGGAAGCAGAGCACAAAGACAAAAAGAGCGGAAAGCGAAAGGACAGAUGUGCCGAGGGCUCCCGGGGUCCCACCAAGAAGAGGGAGCUCAAAGCUGCUGAGGACAGUGGCUUCAACCAGCUGCCACCUCUCAGGCAAGAGCAAGAAAAGACCUCUCAGGCUCUCAAUGUGGCUGUACACGCUCAGUCUUACAGUGUCCUACCACCGAUCAGAGGCAGCUGUCCACCACCAGUUCAGGCCAUGAAAGGUGAUUGGUUAGAGAAAGUUGGCCUGGAUGUUCAUGAUGAUCCAUCUCCACCUCCUCCUGUGCAGCCAGAAAAAACCCCUGAACUGACGUUCGACCUUCCCAGCGAAUCCCUUGACGCCCUGUUCAGUGCUCGUCUUCUGGGAAACGAAACUCCAGAACUGAAUGGAGUUAAGGAGUUUCUGGACACACCGGAGCACGAACGUGAGGAGGGCCAGGCCCGAGUCGAGGAGGCGUCGUCUGCUGCGGAUCGUCGGUCCAGGUCAUCGACGGCGGUCGAGGAAGUCGCUCUGAGUCGGGGUCCUAAAGACUCUAAGGUCCUUACUGUGCCUCCCGCAGUCAUCAGGAAGACAGUGGAGGAGCUCGUCAAGCGGCUGGAGUCUUCAUUUAACUUUAGGGUCCCUGUGAUUUCUCUCUAUGAGCGUCUGGUGGGUCGUCUGGUGGAGGAACUAGAGACCCUGUCCCAGAUAAGAAUUACCCACCAGGUCCUCGGUGGGCGGCUCUUCCCUGAUGAGAACGGAGCCGUUUCUCAGAUUGUCAACGAGGCAUACAAAAGCCUUUUGAACGAGCGCCUGAUGAAGGGAGCGUCUUGUGUCGACCAGUGGACGAUCGAUUACGUCGCUAAUGUCAUCCUGACCGUGUUGGUUGACUACGCUCUGGGAUGUUUUCAUGUCUCUAGUUCUUCCCCAGACACUGACGCUGCUGAGGAGGCCUCACAGGGGUUGGAGUUGACUGAAGUUCAGGAGGACUCAGAUCAGCAGUCAAGAACCAACGAGUCCAGAAGAAGGAGCGAGAGUGCAGCUUCAGGAAAUCUGAGCGCCUGGUCCUGCAGCACCGUCCUCAGUGAACCGGGUCUAUCAUCAUUCGAGGACCUGAUCCGAGAAUGUGGUGGAUCUCCUGACCUGAGUGAUCUGAGCGAUGAGUGCUCUGAGAUCUUCACCGGCUAUCAGAACUACCGAAGGUACGGCCACGUAAAGAGACCCGGCACGUACCUGGUGGAGUGCGCUGAGUCCCCCCUGGAAGGUUCCCCUGAUUUGUCCAGCUCCAUCCCUGCUGUUCAGGUGACUGAGGUCUCUGAGGACUCUGAGGUGGAGAAUAACGAAGACUUGGAGACUCCUGCCUGCCCUGAUGGUACUGAGGACGACACCACAUCCAGAAAAACGAAGAAGCGGCGGCUCCGUUCUCGUGUCUUCAACUUCCUGAGAAGAGUCUUCUGCUUCGGAUGCGUCCCAUCUCGGCGUGUGGAGCCCCUCUAGUGUCCUGAUUCUUCAUCCCGUCCUCAGAAAAACACCCUUUUCCUCAUUAAAAAUCAUAAACAUAUGAUCCUUUUUCCCUCUCGCAUUUUUGAAUAUGCUGUGUUCUGAAAUAAGUCUCAGAAAUUUGAGCUCCAUUUGAUGAAAGAAGUCCUAAAAUUGGAGAAAUGAAAUAACUUUAACUGUAAAUCGUUUUGUUCAGCCAUUAAAAAGGAAAUUUCCAGCUAUUUUUCAAAGUUCCUGCACUAUUAAAUCAUUAACAUGUAAACAGUCAUUUAGAGUGGUUUGACAUGAAUUGUUCACCCACCAAAAAAUACAGUUAUAAGCAUUACAUACACAAACUCAGAGGACACUUGAAGGUUUGCUGGGUAUUUCUGGAUAUUAACUUCAACUGUGGCGUUUUUCAAAGUCACUGCGGCUCCUUGUUGUAUUUUAAUGCUCUAAAUGUGUGAGAUAUCAAAUGUAGAGGUUCAUAUUAUUAAUUAAUAUAAUUAACAUAUUAAUUAAUGAGCAGUGUUUGUGUCUGGGGAUGUUUUUCUCUUCACUGUGACUGGAGUGGGAGUAACCAAACUGCUGAAUACGCUCAUAUACGAAGUACAAAAGAGUGCCCUAUGUGAAAUAACAGCUGUU